AUGCCAGCGGCUCCAGCACUCUUUGAGCAGCUGGAAAAGAACCUGAAGACCGAGGGUCCGGAACUGGUCAAGCGAAUCAAGGGCUUGGUGGUGUUUGAUGUUGAUGGGACCCAGUGGGCGCUGGACCUGCGGGAGGGCAGCGGCAGCGUCACCAAGGGCAAGCCCGAGGAGAAGGCCGACCUCACGCUGACCAUCAGCGACGCAAACUUUGCGCAGCUCGUCAUGGGCAAGCUCAACCCGCAGCAGCCUGCUGGACCAUCACGAACGCCUCCGUGCCCCGCUCCCCUGAUCCUCAUCAAGGCGUUCCUGCUGCGCAAGCUGAAGAUUAAUGGCAGCAUGGGCCUGGCCCUGAAGUUGCAGCCCAUCCUCGACGCCGCCGCGCCCAAGGCCAAGCUCUAA